AUGAAGAACCGCGGCCCCCAGCACUACCUCCAAGAGACACCCCCACCUUUUCUCAGCAGCCGUCAGAAGCUGAUGAACAAGGCAGCUCAAUUUCUUAUCGCUGUCAUCAUUACUAGGUUGCUUAUCAUGAAAAUUGAUGUGAAUCAUCAUUGUCAUGAAUAUAUUGAAUUUGCUACUGUAACCCUUUAUGGCUAUGUUCCAAAUCCAAGAAUACAAAUGAUUUUCUAUCUACUAGAAUGCAGUUUGGAUGACUUGUUCACCAGUGGAAGAAGACUGGAAAAUAAAUCCAAAGGGAAGCCUCGAAAGCAGAUAUGCCAAGUUGUUCUGGAUCAUUUUGAAAAGCAGUACACAAAGGAAUUGGGAGAUGCGUGGAUCAGAAUCAGGAAAGUGGUCACAUCACCACUGUUCUGGCAAUAUGGUGUCCUACUGAAUAAAUUCAGCUAUUCCUCUGAGCUGGAGAACAACUUGCAUCUGAAGGGAUAUUAUAAUCUCUUUCAAGAAACCUUGCCCCAUCUUAAGGGAUCGUUGAAGUGUUACAUCAGUAGAAUUCCUGGGAGGUUCCCUGCACAAAAGCACCAGAUUGGUAAACUGAAGGAAUAUUAUCUGCUGAAUGCUGCUUCACUUCUGCCAGUACUGGCACUGGACAUAAAAGAUGGGGAAGAGGUUUUGGAUAUGUGUGCUGCUCCUGGGGGUAAAUCAAUAGCUAUGCUACAGUGUGCAUAUCCAGGUCAUUUUCACUGUAAUGAGUAUGAUAUUUUGAGAUCAAGGUGGUUGAAACAGACAGUAGAAUCCUUCAUCCCCGAAUCCUUGCUGAAUAUAAUUACUGUCUCUGAAUUGGAUGGGAGACAGAUUGGAGAGCUCCAUCCUGAAUCGUAUGAUAAGAUAUUGGUUGAUGCCCCCUGCUCAAAUGACAGAAAUUGGUUGUUUUCAUCGGAUGUACAGCAGGCAAGGCUUAGACUAAUUCAGAGGAAGGUGUUAUCUGCUGUACAGAUACAGCUGCUAAGGUCUGCUAUUAAAGCCUUGCGUCCUGGAGGAACACUGGUCUAUUCUACAUGCACCCUCUCAAAGGCAGAAAACAGUGACGUCACAACCCAAAUCCUAAACUCCUGCAGCAAUAUUCUGCCUGUAGACAUAAGAGAAAUGGCUAGUGCCAUUUCCCAUGAGUUCGCUCUUGCCAGCAGUGCCCAGCAAUAUGAACUGUUAGUCCUCCCAGAACGGGGGAAAGCGUGGGGACCAAUGUAUAUAGCUAAACUAAAGAAAACUUAGCGUGUGUGCUUUGUAUGAGCCUUUUAUUAUCAAAAUAUAAACUGAAAGGGUAAAUUAUGUUGAAAAGCCCUUAAAACAGUAGAUUUGCAGACAUGUGUUUAGCUUUGACAUUCAGUUUGUGGAAUAAUACAUCUAUUGAGCAAGCUACAGAGCAAGGACUCGAAACAAAACCUAAAUGAUUAAUAACUGCAAUAACUGCAUGCAAGAAAGUGCGAGGCAGACUCUGACAGCCGCCGACUACUAAACAGAAAAGCAAAUGGACACAGGAGCUUUGUGAUACCAAAGUCAACCAAGUAACAUGGUCAAGUGGCAAUGCUGGGUCCAGAACCGAAGACCCAUUGCUCCAAGGACAUGGGCCUGGAAAGCUUCUGUUACCUGAGGGUCCUGAAUAGCUGAUUGAGUGUUUGGGAUUUAGCUUCUAUAUGAAAACUGCUGGAAGACAAGACAUUCUUCAGGAGCACUCAGUGUUUAAUAUGGCUGUGAUGUAUUGAAGGGCUUUUCUGUGACAGUGACAACAUCAGUCAUUACAUCUGUGAAUACCAGCUCCAGAAGGUUACUUGGAAACAGCUCAUUCAGAUUUUCAUUACGGCAAGAGAGCAAUUUUUUUGAAGAGUCAUAUCGUUGCAUGACAAAUAAAAUUCAGCAUUGGUUACAAUGUUCCUCUUGUUUUCCGUCCGUCUGUUCUGACUGAAAAUGGGCUGAGGGGCUCCUGAGACAGUAGGCAAUAGGAUGGUUUGCAUAGAAGGCGGCUCACCAAAAUUGUCUCUUCUGCCCACUUUUCUAAAGCGUGUCUAGGCAGAUGUAUUUUAUUUUAUUUUAUUUUCAAUUAGCUGAAAAGGUAAGCAAUUCAGUUUCACUCACCUGAACGCAAUCUGCAGGAUUGACAGCAUACCUUUAAUAGAUUCCUCCAGUAGAUAAUUAGACCAGUGUAACGCAAGCAGUGCAUGAAUUAACAUUUGCACUUGCAUAUGAAUAUUCAGCGUUGCAGUAUUUUCAGUGGUGCCAAUUGUUUUCAGUGAUUAGCACUCCUGCUUAUUACAUGGUUGUAACAUUGAUUGGUACAAAAUGGCACCAAUUAAAGAAUUCUAAAAGGUCUGGAGGGUCAGGGAGUAGCUAUUCAUUGUUGGUAUUUAUAGCUUUUCAGUAGACCAGGAUCCAGAUGCGAGGUUUCACUGUCUAAUUGGAGAGAUGAGGGGUUUUUUGGUGUUGAGAGAAAUGACAUUCUUGAUUUUACUAUAAAGAGGAAUAGUGUUGCUGGAUUUAUUUGGACUGUAGUUACUUUCUACCCUCUCACAUUUUGUAUGCUGAGGUAAAUAGAAGUAUU